GGUGCCAAGCUCCCUGUUAUCUGGGCUUGUUCCUGCUUUCAACAGAUCCUGAGUAAAGGUAUUUCACAUUAAAAAAAUCUCCUGUAAAAAUAUUGAAAAGAAUGGCAGCAGAAACUCAAACACUUAACUUUGGACCUGAAUGGCUUCGAGCUCUGUCCAGUGGUGGGAGUGUGACGUCUCCUCCCCUUUCUCCAGCACUGCCGAAGUAUAAAUUAGCAGACUAUCGCUAUGGGCGAGAGGAAAUGUUAGCACUUUUUCUCAAGGAUAACAAGAUACCUUCAGACCUUAAGGAUAAAGAAUUUUUGCCUAUUCUCCAGGAGGAGCCCCUGCCACCAUUGGCACUAGUACCUUUCACAGAAGACGAACAGAGAAACUUUUCCAUGUCUGUAAACAGUGCCGCCGUCCUGCGACUGACAGGACGAGGAGGAGGAGGAGGAACAGCGGUAGGGGCUCCUCGAGGUCGAAGUUCCUCUAGAGGUCGAGGUCGAGGGAGAGGUGAAGGUGGUUUUUACCAAAGAAGCUUUGAUGAAGUAGAGGGUGGAUUUGGUCGAGGUGGCGGUGGCAGAGAAAUGCACAGAUCACAGAGCUGGGAAGAAAGGGGAGACAGACGGUUUGAAAAACCAGGGCGAAAAGAUUCAGUGAGACCAAACUUUGAGGAAGGUGGGACAACAGUAGCAGGGAGAAAGCAUGAAUUUAUACGUUCUGAGAGUGAAAACUGGCGCAUUUUUAGAGAGGAACAAAAUGGAGAUGAUGAAGAUGGAGGCUGGCGACUAGCAGGAUCACGAAGGGAUGGAGAGAGAUGGCGUCCACACAGUCCAGAUGGUCCUCGAUCUGCAGGUUGGCGAGAACACAUAGAACGUCGGCGAAGGUUUGAUUUUGACUUUCGAGAACGGGAUGACGAGCGGGGUUACCGCAGAGUGAGGUCUGGCAGUGGAAGCAUCGAUGAUGAUCGGGACAGCCUGCCCGAAUGGUGCCUGGAAGAUGCAGAGGAAGAAAUGGGGACAUUUGAUUCCUCUGGGGCCUUCCUUUCCCUAAAGAAAGUACAGAAAGAGCCCAUUCCUGAAGAACAGGAAAUGGACUUUCGGCCUGUUGAGGAGGGGGAAGAGCGCUCAGAUUCGGAGGGGAGUCACAAUGAGGAAGCCAAAGAACCCGAUAAGGCUGCCAGCAGAGAGGGGGAGCGGCUGGAUCGAGUUGCUGCAGAAACUUCAGAAGAAACAGGCGGGCCAUCAUCCCCAUGUGCCAGCCCUUCUGAGCGUCAGCCUCCGGAGCCUCUGCAGCCAAGCCUGUUUGAGAGGAAGGAGGAGAGCAAAAUUGAGCAACCAGAAGAGGAAAGCCAGCCUGAGAGCUCCCUCCCCACUCAGGGGCCCAACCGAGGAGAAGAACUGGUCCCUGCUGUCCAGUCUUUGUCACAGAAUGCUUCAGACCCAGCUUCUCCUGGUCUUCUUCUUCCCCCUCCUGUUGCCAGUGCAGGCCCUGCUCUCCGUCCCACCCAGACGCCAGCCAUAGGUGCUCCCGGCAUGAGUAGUGUUUCUGCAGACCCAGAUGAUGAAGAUGGCCUCAAACACCUGCAACAGCAAGCAGAAAAGAUGGUGGCCUACUUACAGGAUAGUGCCCUGGAUGACGAAAGAUUGACAGCAAAACUCCAGGAGCACCGAGCCAAAGGAGUCUCAAUCCCCUUGCUGCAUGAGGCCAUGCAGAAAUGGUAUUACAAAGAUCCACAAGGUGAAAUUCAGGGUCCAUUCAACAACCAAGAAAUGGCAGAGUGGUUCCAGGCAGGCUAUUUCACGAUGUCCUUACUGGUAAAGAGAGCUUGUGAUGAAAGUUUCCAACCCCUUGGUGAUAUCAUGAAGAUGUGGGGAAGGGUUCCCUUCUCCCCAGGCCCAGCACCCCCUCCCCAUUUGGGAGAAUUGGACCAGGAACGACUAACCAGGCAACAGGAGCUCAAUGCCUUAUACCAGAUGCAGCAUCUCCAAUACCAGCAAUUCCUGAUCCAACAACAGUACGCCCAGGUGUUGGCGCAACAGCAGAAAGCAGCCCUUUCAUCCCAGCAGCAGCAGCAAUUGGCAAUGCUCCUUCAGCAGUUUCAAACUCUCAAGAUGCGAAUAUCAGAACAGAAUCUGAUUCCAUCUGUUACUAGGUCUGUGUCAGUUCCAGACACUGGCUCUAUUUGGGAGCUUCAGUCAACAGCUUCACAACCUACAGUCUGGGAAGGUAGUAGUGUUUGGGAUCUUCCUCUUGACACAGCGGCUCAGGGACCAGCUCUUGAACAACUUCAACAACUUGAGAAGGCUAAAGCUGCCAAGCUAGAACAGGAGAGAAGAGAGGUGGAGAUGAGGGCCAAACGUGAAGAGGAGGAGAGGAAACGGCAGGAGGAGCUCCGGAGGCAGCAGCAAGAGGAGGAGAGGAAGCGCCGAGAAGAGGAAGAGCUGGCGCGAAGGAAACAGGAAGAAGCGCUCAGACGCCAGAGGGAACAAGAGAUGGCCCUGAGGCGACAGAGAGAGGAAGAGGAGGAGCGGAGGCAGCAAGAGGAAGCUCUGAGGAGGCUGGAGGAGAGGAGAAGGGAAGAGGAGGAGCGGAGGCAGAGGGAGGAACUGCUGCGCAAGCAGGAAGAGGAGGCUGCCAAAUGGGCCAGAGAAGAAGAGGAAGCUCAACGUCGGCUUGAAGAGAACCGACUGAGGAUGGAAGAGGAGGCAGCCAGGCUCCGGCAUGAGGAGGAGGAGCGAAAACGCAAGGAGAUGGAGCUCCAACGACAGAAGGAGCUGAUGAGGCAGCGGCAACAGCAGCAGGAAGCCCUUCGGCGCCUCCAGCAGCAGCAGCAGCAACAGCAGCUUGCCCAGAUGAAGCUUCCAUCUUCUUCCACGUGGGGCCAACAGUCUAAUUCCGGGGCUUGUCAGUCUCAGACAACACUAUCAUUAGCAGAAAUCCAAAAGCUAGAAGAAGAACGAGAGCGGCAAGUUCGAGAAGAGCAAAGGCGACAGCAGCGGGAAUUGAUGAAAGCCCUGCAGCAGCAGCAGCAGCAGCAACAACAGCAACAGAAACUGUCUGGUUGGGGCAAUAUCAGUAAACCGGCAGGUACAGCCAAGUCACUGCUAGAAAUCCAGCAGGAAGAGGCCCGGCAAAUGCAGAAGCAGCAGCAGCAGCAGCAACAGCAGCAGCACCAGCAGCCUAACCGAGUCCGAAACCCCCCGCACUCCAAUCUGCACACCAGCAUCGGCAAUUCUGUCUGGGGCUCCUUGAACACUAGCCCCCCCAGCCAGUGGGCCUCAGAUCUCGUCAGUAGUAUCUGGAGCAACGCCGACACCAAAAACUCUAAUAUGGGAUUCUGGGAUGAUGCUGUGAAAGAAAUGGGACCCAGGAACUCCAGCAAGAACAAGAGCAACACCAGCCUCAAUAAGUCUAUGGGGGUUUCAAGCAGACAGAACAAGAAGGUAGAGGAAGAAGAGAAGCUUCUGAAGCUCUUCCAGGGAGUCACAAAGGCCCAGGAUGGAUUCACUCAGUGGUGUGAGCAGAUGCUUCAUGCGUUGAACACAGCCAACAACUUAGAUGUUCCCACAUUUGUUUCUUUCCUGAAGGAAGUAGAAUCUCCUUAUGAAGUACAUGAUUACAUCAGGGCCUACUUAGGAGACACCUCAGAGGCUAAGGAGUUUGCCAAGCAGUUUCUCGAGCGUCGUGCCAAACAGAAAGCGAACCAGCAGCGGCAGCAGCAGCAGCCGGACUCUGUGUGGGCCGUGAACCAUAGCACACUUCACUCAGUGUUUCAGACCAACCAGAGCAACAACCAGCAAUCAAACUUUGAGGCCGCGCAGAGUGGGAAGAAGAAGAAGAAGCAGAAGAUGGUCCGAGCAGACCCCAGUUUAUUAGGUUUUUCAGUAAAUGCAUCAUCAGAGCGACUGAAUAUGGGAGAAAUAGAGACUUUGGACGACUACUGAGCACCUGCACACCGACUGGCCACUUCCUAUGUCUGUUAACCAUGGAUUCUCCACCUUUGGACAUCACCCUUUACCAUUUACUCUCUGUCACCUUGCAACCAACCAUCACAGAACCCAUCAUCUCAGGCUUUCUCUUCUAACCCUUUCUGUCCAGGACUCUGAGUGGUCCUUGUUGGCGAGCCUCUCGGACAAUAGACAAGUGGACUGAACUCUGUCUGUUGGGUGGGUGGUAGCUGGGAUUCUUCCCCAACAAGGAUAACCACAGACAGCAGGUAUUCACCAGGCUGUGACUCCGUCUGCUUUUCCUGGAAAGUCCGUUGGAAUCUGCCAACAGCAGCCUCCUUUCCCCAUCUCUCUUUUUUGGCUGGGGCAAGGGGGGAAUCUAACUUGUGCAAUCAUGGAGAGAGUUUAUGGUUAACAGAUGUCGGUCAAUAACAACACACCCCGUGGAUUGUGACUUCGUGCUCCUUCAGGGUGGAGCCAAACGGUGCCCCCCCUCCCCCCCAAACUAGGAGCAGCACCGCUAAAGCUUAAGGGCUUGGAGGGGGGGAUUAGCUUGGAUUGGUUUGAAGUUGCACACCCCUGGCCUGCCUUCUCUGAGCAUCCUUUUGGAAGGAAAGUUCAAUUCUAUCUUCAUCAGGCAGUGACGUCAAAGCCCGCCGAAUUCUCCCUCUGGCACACUCCUUCCUUCUUGGACAAAGGAACUUAUGAUCUGGGAGAGGGACUUUUUUCCUUAAAUUUUCUUUCUUAUUAAAAACUGAUUUUUUCCCAUAAAUAUUUUUACUUCAGAGGAAUAGGACCAGUUUGUUUUGGGCCCUUCUGCUGAGAAUUUGUCUCGUUUAAGAGGCAACUAGGAUCUUUACCAGAUGUAUGUAUUUGUCGAAUUUCCUUUUGGGUGGGGAUGAACCUCGGCUCCUGAAUACACAAACCCGGAACCGUAGCUGGUUAUUCAUGACAGUGUGUGUGUCUGUCUGCUUGCAACCCUGCCCUGGAAAAGGGUGUGUUAAAGAUUCUGGACUGGCAUUUUAUCCUAACCUGACCAUCUACAGUACUUUUCUUCCUGGAGACCACUGAGGGGCGGGAAGGAGGGGAGGGGCAGGCGGAGGAGAGCUCCAUUGGCUGUGGUUCCCCUUUGGUCCUUCGCUUCAGCUCCAGGUGUGAUCAGCAUCACUUGGUAAAGGAACCCUUGGAUUCGCUUUGCUUCUGCCAAGAGUUAGACGACCCCCUCCCUUUCCCCCAGAACAAGCCCUACCCCUUGAGAUUGCCAAUUGCACUUAGUUUCUGACCUCUCCUUUCUCCUUCCACGUUUUGGGAACGGUCGGAGUGUGCCUGUGGGAGAAAGUGCUGCAGCCAUUGACGUGGCUCUGUGGGAAGAAGGCACCUUCUCCUCUCCUCUCCUCUCCUCUCUUCUCCCCGCCAUCAUUGCCUGAAGAAGAGCCUGGAGUUGCUCUGAGAGCAGUUUGGCUUUGAAUGAUUUUAUUUGGUUUAUUUUGUUUUUCUCCUUUGAGAACACCACCCCUCUUGUCCCGGCCCCCUCCUGAACAUGUACAGUUCACUUCAGAGACUGCUGCAAACGUGUAUAUAGUUUUUGGAUCCAAUGGCAUGGCGAGACAGGAGACACCAUCCACAAUCGGGCUCCUGCUCUCCUUUGCUUUGUAAAUUCUUAAAGGGGGGAAGAGGGAUAGUUAAAAUGUUUACAAAACUUUAAGCUCCCUCGGAACUUUUGCCAGUGUGGAGGAAAAAAGAGAACUUAAAUAAAGACAGUUGUAUUCUAUCUAA